AUUAUUGUGCUCAUUCAGCCACAAGGAUGUCGGGUACUGAUGCAGAUGAGAAGGCCUGAGGUGCAGUCAGCGUUCCUCAUUGUUUAAUAGGGUUGAGGUCCAAGCUCUAAUGCAGGAGAACUUCCACACACUUCCAAACCAUGUGAAACAUAUCUUUAUGAAUCUGGCUUUGUUGGUCUCCUUGUUAAAGUGAAUAGAAAAUAUCAUGCUACCGAGUCCAGAGACAUCGAUACAAUUGCGUGGCUUCGUCUUUGUUUGGGGAAGAACCACAUAUGGCUGGAAAUGUCAGGUGUUUGUGUAGUAGAUUAUACUUCCUUACUAGUCAAUAAAACAUCAGAUAUCCUCCUUUGGGGAGGGACAAUGACAGAAUAAAAACGAAGUACACUGUAGUUCAUGUGAAAUUGUUCUACCUUUUUCUGAUCGACAUUCAGAACCAUAAAGGAGACACUCUAUUAAUUUUAUUUUUGACUCGUUGAAAUUUGUUGGAUUUCCAAGAGAGGCUUCAGUCUUUGACCCAAAUUGCAGCAAUACUGUAACUACAGACACGUCACGGAAAGCAAUAUGGAAUACUAUUCGGACGAUUAUGAGGAUGGAUUGUGUCACAAGGAAGAGGUGGCAAAAGUCGGGUCCAUCGUGGUGCCGUUAUUCUUCGGCAUCGUGGUUGUGUUUAGCCUCAUUGGUAAUAUUUUGGUUCUCGUGAUUAUUGGGCUGUACGAGAACCUAAAAUCGUUGACCAACAUCUUCAUACUGAACUUGGCUCUGUCGGACCUGCUGUUCACCUUUGGAUUGCCCUUCUGGGCUUGGUACUACAUCUGGGGGUGGAAUCUCGGAGAUGUUGCGUGCAAAGCCGUCAGUUUUUUCUUCUACGCUGGGUUUUACAGCAGCGUGGUGUUCCUGAUCCUGAUGACCAUACAGCGCUACAUGGCUGUCGUGCACCCUCUGUCUGACUGGGAAAGAAGACAGGGUUUUGCCCUAAUUCCCAUCCUCGCUUGGGUGGUGAGCAUAGCAGUGGCCUUACCAGCCCCCAUCUUCAACUCCAUUCAGGCUGACCCAGAAAACCCUCAAAAACUUUACUGUGAGUAUAAUUCCACAGAAGUGUACAUCACCAUCACGUACACACAAAACGUGUUUUUCGUUUUUGCUUUCGUGGUCAUGGGUUUUUGCUACAUAAGGAUCCUACAGACCAUCAUUAAGACCCGAACGAACAAGAGGCACCGUUCCAUCAGGCUCAUUCUGUGCAUCGUAAUCGUGUUCUUUCUCGGUUGGGCUCCUUAUAACCUGGUGAUGUUCCUGCACACCUUGGUCCAUCAUCAGAUCGAUUAUUUCACAGACUGCGAGGUCACGCAUCAUCUUGACUACGCCGAGUACGUUUGCAAGCUGCUGGCGUUUUCUCACUGCUGCCUAAAUCCCGUGUUCUAUGUUUUCGUCGGUGUGAAAUUCAGGAAUCAUCUGAAGGGGAUCCUGCAGAAAGUUUUUCACAGGACAGACAACGUGGACAUGCGACAAACACAAGCUGUUCAGUCUCACGGCUCGGUGUGGUCAAACAGCAACAACUGCAAAGCUAAUUUCACGACUGUCUGAGCCAGUGAGUGUAUAAACAAAAUUAUUGGCACACCUGACUUUUCCAGCCAUAUGUGGAUCUUCUCCAAAACUGUUACCACAAAUUUAGAGAAACUAAAUUUGUUAAGGUCGUCUUCGGAAGUGGUAGCAUGAAACGUUCCCUUUUUAGACUGAAGACCCAAACCUGUUCCCGCAUGACAAUACCCUUGUGCACAAAGCCAGAUCUCUUCUAGUGGAACAUCUUCCUAAAGAAAUGGAGGUGAUCAUCACAGCAAAUGGGGACUAAAUGUUUAAUUUGAUGUUCAAAAAGUACAUAGAAAUGUUACAGUCAGGUGUCCUAUAUACAUAUAUGUACUUGUCACUUUACAGCACAGUGAAAAUCUUUUUUUAAUUUUAUUAAUUUACAUAUUCCAGAGAUGUUAGGAAGUUGGGCUCAGACAUAAUACAGCACCCAUAAGGCACAAAGGGUUAAGGGCCUUGCUCAAGGGCCCCAAGAGCGGUGGCUUGGCGAUACCAGGGUUUAAAGCCCCAGGCCUUACAAACAAUAACCCAGAGCCUUAACCACUGAGCUUCCACUUCAUCUAUAUAUGCAUGUGUGUGAGAGAUAAGAUAACACGUAUUCUUUUUUUUUUUUUGCAUAGCUAAAAGCAAAUCUGAGAAAUAAUGGAUGUCUGACAUGAUACCUGGAGUCUCUGAAUUGCCCUGCAAGCAGAUUUAUUUAAAAGCAUUCUUUAAUAGGAAUAAUACUUGCAUAAAAUGAAAAAUGAGUAAGAGAACAGUGAUUAUAUCAUUUCAAGCAACAGGAAAUAAAGUCAUUGUUUAAUCUUUCAAAAUAUUUUGUCUAUUUUCUAUAUAUAAUAUUGUAAAAUGUUGUAUAAUAUAUAGAUGAUAGAUAGAUAGAUAGAUAGAU